CAGAAACAAAAAACACUCUUUUGAUUCAUGAAAUGGAUUCAAAUCGGGAAAGAAGUAAAAUGUUGUUAAAUCCAAGGAGACUAAAGCGUAUGCCAAUUAAUUUGCGGAAGAAAGCAAUAAGAGAGGCACGAAACUUGGCGGGAAUGCAACAGCCCACCAAAAGGCGAAGAAGGCUUAGGAAAUCGGGGUCCACUUCAGCUCGAUUACAAAACGACUUUGAGCGAGCUGAGCAUAAUGCAAUGCUUACAGCAAGCUCACACGAGUUGCAACAGAUUCUGUCAGAGUUCGAGGAAUUGGCGGAUGUGCCCUACGAUGCAACGCCGACUGAACUUUUGGGUCUGAUUGCUCAGGCAGAAAACCGUGCCACAACCAUCUACGUGCAGCGCGACGGCCUUAGCACACUCAAGAUCAUGCUCCAUCAGCGUUCUCCCACUGUUGCCCAACUGAAAAAGGCAAUCGCCACAAUCUCGUGCGCUCAGCUGAAACGAAGACAACGCGAGCGACGUCGGGUGGCAGACGAAGACGACGCCGGCCGUGCCGAAGACGGGAACCGACAACAGGUUGUGGGAUCUGCUGGAGCUAAAGUUUUGCCUCGCUCCAGCGGCGAGUUAGUUAAUUCGGCGCUGCGCAACGGGCAUGAACACCGCGCGUUUGUCUCUUGGCGUUUUCUAUGGCGCUGCUUUGCACUGUUUAACGUGGAUACCAAUCAGCCGAUCGAUGACAACGUUGACAACGGACGCGCGACCCUAACGGCACUGGGCAUUGAGAACGGGGCCAAGCUGAAGUUUGUGCACCGCGUCAAGUAUUUCGGCCGCAAACGGCAGAGCUAAAAACACAUACA